UAUAAGAGUACCAUGUCCAAAGUCCACAUGGCGCUUCCUCGACAUCACCGCCGCUGCACUCUUCUGUGAUGUUCGCCGCCACCGCCGCAUGUCCUCUUCUCCGCUUCCGCUCCCUCCCGCUCGGUUGCUACAUCUCGCCGUCUCGCUCGUACCGCCAGCGCCGCCCCAUCGACUGCAUCAGAGUCCUUGCCAUGGCCGGGUCCUCGACCUCCGCCGCGCCCCAUCGCCACACCAACCGCCUCGCAUCCGAGCACAGCCCUUACCUCCUCCAGCACGCCCACAACCCGGUUGAUUGGUAUCCAUGGGGGGAGGAAGCCUUUGAGAAUGCUCGUAAAAGAAACGUUCCCAUCUUUCUAUCAAUUGGAUACAGCACGUGCCACUGGUGCCAUGUCAUGGAAGUUGAGUCAUUCGAGAGCAAAGAAAUUGCCAAAAUGCUAAAUGAGUGGUUUGUCAGCAUCAAGGUUGACCGUGAGGAGCGACCUGAUGUUGAUAAGGUAUAUAUGACCUAUGUUUCUGCAUUAUAUGGUGGUGGUGGUUGGCCUUUGAGUGUUUUCCUCUCUCCUAAUCUUAAGCCUCUCAUGGGUGGGACAUAUUUCCCCCCUGAUGAUAAUUAUGGACGACCAGGAUUCAAAACAGUCCUUAGAAAGGUGAAGGAAGCUUGGGAAACUAAAUGUGAGAUGCUUGAAAGGGGUGGGACUCUUGCAAUUGAGCAACUUUCAGAGGCACUUUCUGCAGCUGCUAAAUCCACUAAGUUAUCAGAUGAACUAGCUCAAGCUUCAUUAAAAACUUGUUCUCAACAGCUUGCAAGUAGCUACGAUCCAAAAUUUGGCGGAUUUGGUUCUGCUCCAAAGUUCCCUAGGCCUGUGGAAGUCUGCCUUUUGUUAUAUGAGUCAAAGAAGUUGAUGGAGAACGGUAGGCAAAGUGAAGCUAAUAAAAACAUGCAGAUGAUAUGUAAUACCUUGCAGUGCAUGGCCAGAGGUGGUAUUCAUGAUCACGUUGGAGGUGGAUUUCAUAGGUACAGUGUGGAUGAGUGUUGGCAUGUUCCACAUUUCGAGAAGAUGUUGUAUGACCAGGGUCAGGUCGCUAAUGUCUAUUUAGAUACAUUUUCAAUCACAAGAGAUACCUUCUAUGCAUCUAUUACUCGUGAUGUUCUGGAUUACUUGAGAAGAGAGAUGAUUGGAGAUGCAGGUGAAAUUUAUUCAGCAGAAGAUGCUGAUAGUGCUGAGCAUCAUGGUGCUUCAAGAAAGAAGGAAGGAGCUUUUUAUGUCUGGACAAGUCAAGAGGUUGAAGAGCUGCUUGGAGAAUAUGCAAAUUUGUUCAAGGACCAUUAUUAUAUAAAACCAUCAGGAAAUUGUGACCUUUCUAGAAUGAGUGAUCCUCAUAAUGAAUUUAAGGGCAAAAAUGUGCUUAUAGAGAGAGAAGAUAUUCCCUCCAUGGCAUCAAAGUGGGGAAAGUCUGUGGAUGAGUACUGUCAUAUUAUGGCAGAAUGUUGUAAAAAACUAUUUGAUGUGAGAUCAAAACGGCCAAGACCACAUUUGGAUGAUAAGGUAAUUGUUUCAUGGAAUGGGCUUGCAGUGUCUUCGUUUGCAAGAGCUUCUAGAAUACUCAGAACAGAACCAAAAGGAACCAAAUAUUAUUUUCCAGUGGUUGGAUGUGAUCCAAAUGAGUACCUCGAAGUUGCAGAAAAAGCUGCUUCUUUCAUUAGGAGAAACCUAUAUGAUUUGAGCACACAAAGGCUACAACAUAGCUUCCGAAAUGGUCCAUCAAAAGCACCUGGUUUUCUUGAUGAUUAUGCCUUCCUGAUCAAUGGUUUGCUAGAUCUUUAUGAGUUUGGUGGUAAGAUUGACUGGUUAUCAUGGGCAAUUGAAUUACAAGCUACACAGGAUAAGCUCUUUCUGGACAGAGAAGGGGGAGGCUAUUAUAAUACUCCAGGGGAAGACCCUUCUGUCUUAUUGCGCAUAAAAGAAGAUCAUGAUGGAGCAGAACCAUCUGGGAAUUCAGUUGCAGCAAUCAAUCUGAUAAGGUUGUCAUCUAUCAUUUCUGGUGCAAGCUCUGAAGAUUAUAGACGGACAGCUGAGCAUCUUCUGGCUGUUUUUGAGAUGAGGUUAAAAGAUCAAGGCAUCGCUGUCCCACUAAUGUGCUGUGCAGCUGACAUGCUUGCCGUCCAAUCGAGGAAGCAGGUGGUCUUAGUUGGUGAUAAAGCAUCUGCAGAGUUUGAUGACAUGGUGGCAGCUGUUUUUGCAUCAUAUGAUCCCAAUAGAACAGUGAUUCAAAUAGACCGCAGCAGCAAAGAGGAGAUGGAGUUUUGGGAAAACUGUAACCCCGACAUCGCACGAAUGGCGAAGGGUACUGUGGAAGACAAGCAGGCCGUCGCUCAUGUGUGCCAGGACUUCGUGUGCAGCCCUCCGGUCACCGACCCAGAUGCACUGAGAGCCUUGCUUGACAAAGCGUGAGGUCUGCCUCAUCCUGUACAAGCCAUAGGUAGUCUGCCAUGUUCAUGAAGAUCGUGCUGCUGUGGUGGCUGUUAAAGCUUGCAGAAACAAGUGCGAUGAUGGCAGUUGUAGAUGAACUUGCCAUGUGAAGAGAUGAUGCAAAGCGAAAGAGAAACUGUGUUUAAUUUGGUCUCCCGUAGAAAUGGCUUGAGUUA